AUGCUGGCCAAGACUUUCCUCUUGCUCACCACCCUGGCGCUGGCCUCCGCCGGCCCGGUCAGGAGACAAUCCGGCUGCUCCUCCAAACCCACCAACCCUACCCUUCCCACCAACGGCAAUGGCGUCGAACUGCCUGCCCCCGCAGAGAACCUCGUCUUGAAGCACAUCGCCCUCGGCCACGGCAUCCAGAACUACACCUGCACCUCGACCAACGCGACCGCCCUCACCGCGACCGCCACCGGCGCCCUCGCCGCCCUCUACGACGCGACCCCGCUGUACCCCAACGCCGGCCCCGGCGCCCUCCCCGGCGUCGACGCCUUCAACGCCCUCACCACCAACGCCGUCUGGGGCUCCAAGCUGCCCCUCGUCCCCGACGGCGUCUCCAAGUUCGGCGCCUCCGCCUCCGCCCCCUUCCCGAACCCCGGCCAGGCCCUCGAGCUGCCCAACAUCAAGGCCCUCCCCUUCCUCGGCGUCCACUUCUUCGACGCAAAGGGCGUCCCCACCUUCAAGGUCGGCGACGACGUCUUCUCCGGCGGCAAGCUCAACGGCACAAAGGCCCCCGCCGCCGCCGACGUCGGCCCCGAGAAGACGGGCGCCGUCGACUGGCUCCUCCUCGGCGACAAGGGCGCCAGCAAGGGCAUCACCACCAUCUACCGCGUCGUCACCGCCGGCGGCGUCGCCCACGCCUGCACCACCCCGGGCGCCUCCGACAGCGUGCCGUACGCGACCUACUAUUGGAUGUACGGACCCAAGGCGUAG